AUGCCCGGCGGCAGCCGCUUCAACCAGGGCGGCACAGUCGAUUUCAAGGGCUGGCUGCCGCCGCCCGACGGGGGCGAGUUCUGUGCCGGCGAGCCCGUGGAGUAUUGGAGCACGACGCACGGCAAGUGGCUGUGUGCCCGCGUGCUCCGGGCGAACCUGGACGGCUCCCUCGACCUCGACUGCAGGGCUGGGGCCUCGAAGGGGCAGGUUCGCAGGCCGGAUGCGGCUGCUCGCGCUGUGCUGCAAGAGGCCCCCGCACAGCCCGCCUUCUCGAUCGGAGAGCUCGUCGAGUACUAUAGCACGACGUACAACGGGUGGGUCCAAGCCGUGGUGAUGGCCUUCUGCAACGGUUUGUAUACGCUCAACUGCAAGCCCGGUGUCCCGCCCGAAAGGGUGCGGCGCAUCGACGGGCAGCCCAGCGUGCAGCCCCACGCGAUGCCUCUGGCGGGUGCCGCUCUCCAGCAGGCGCCGCCACUGCUCGCACCGCCGGCCAUGCCGCGCAGCGACCAGGCUGGACCGUCGGGCCAGGCCGCGGUUGGCGUCGGCGAUGGAUUCCCGUGCGGCGAGCAGGUCGAGUAUUUCAGCUCCACGCACGGGAGGUGGCUGUCCACCGCCGUCCUCGGGCAGAACGCCGACGGCACCGUGGACCUCGCGUGCAGGGCCGCCGCGCUGCCGCAGAACAUCCGCCGGCCGGCGGCGGCGCCCGUGGCCUCCGCCAGCCCUCGCCAGCCGCAGGCGCCCGCGUGCCCGCCGGCCGGCGCCGCCGGGGCGCCGCCGCUCCGCGCCUCCGAGGGCGUGGAGCACUCCAGCGCGGCCCACGGCAGGUGGAUUCCUGGCGUGGUGCUCGGCGUGAACGCCUCGGGCAACUACGACCUCAACUGCAAGAGCGACGCCCAGCCUGGGCUGCUGCGCAGGCAGGCCAGCAGUGGAGGGCCACCGCUGGAGCUUGCCGCAGGCUCCGCGCGUUGA